AUGGCAUUCAGGAGGCAAGUGAAAAACUUUGUGAAAAAUUAUUCAGAUGCCGAAAUAAAAGUCAGGGAAGCAACUUCUAAUGACCCGUGGGGUCCAUCUAGUUCUCUGAUGCUAGCCAUCAGUGACUUGACUUUCAACACCAUCUCUCUCUCCGAGAUCAUGAAUAUGCUAUGGCAGAGACUCCAUGACCAUGGAAAGAACUGGCGCCAUGUGUAUAAAUCUCUUACCCUAAUGGAUUAUCUCAUCAAGAAUGGAUCAAAGAAAGUUAUUCAGCAUUGCAGAAAGGGCUUCCAUAACCUCCAAAUGCUGAAAGACUUUCAACACAUAGAUGAAGCUGGGAAAGACCAAGGCCAUUAUGUCCGGGAGAAGUCUAAGCAAGUCAUAACGUUGCUGAUGGAUGAACAGUUGUUGCAUAAAGAGAGAGAAGUGGCACGUCGGACUCGACGGCGUACCUCCUACUCCAUGACGUUUCCUGACAGAUUACCUGAUGCGGGAAACACGCCAACAGCAUGUGCUUCUGUGCCCACCACAGAAAGUCCUGCUCCAGAGAAGAAGCAUGCGCUUCCCCAGGUGGCAGGUCUCCGUAACAAAAAAAAUGCUUCCAAGCCAGUAUCGAAACAAGAGCAGAGCCAAGAUAUCCCCUCUUUAACUGGAACUGUGCUGUCCAAGGCGUGGAAAUCAACAGAGGACCUAAUGCUGUUUUGUGAUGAAGAUCCAAAGCCACCUUUGCCCACAGUGCCCUCCACGGCCGCCCCGCCAGCUGCGUGGCUGUCCGAAGGGUUAGAAGUCUGCAACCGCUGUGGUGCAGAUGUUGGAUACAUUCCCUCAGAAAAAAGCUCAUCUCUGCAAGCAAACGUGAAUUUGAGCAAGAAAUCUGAUAAUACCAUUAUAAGUGCUGUUACAGAAAGCCCCUCACAAACACCUCAGAAAGACCAAAUGGCCACAAAAAGAUCAGAGACACUGGCAACUUUAUCAGCAUUCUGGCCAUCAAGUAAAGAAGAGAUUCUCAACCUCAACUUCAGGAUGGCAGAGCCCCGCCCCACCUUUCACGACCGGUCCUCUGUAGAGACGCUGUACAGCUCGCCCUCGUUCCGAAUGGUUGGCUCGGUGAAGAAGAGUGCCAGGGGGAAGGAGCGCCAGAGACCAGCACAAGACAGUAUCACUCAGAUGGAUGAUGGGAGCCACAAGCCCUUAGCCACCAAGGCUUUCCCCCCCUCUGAGGGCCGGUCUUCCUGUCCUCUGCCCGGCUCCUCUCCUGGCUCAGUCUCUCCCAAGAAGCCAACGCACUGCUUGCCCUUGAUUUGGGCCAGACCAUCCUUCUGGGCCCUGUCAUCUUCGGCCUCUUUCAAGCUCGGAGAAAAGGCAGCGAGGACUGACCAUCUCUUCUCUCCAGGGAGCCUGGUCCCUCCAGAUGAGGAGGAACAUGACAACCUCCGUCUGCUGGAGUCUCUUCCAGAUAACUCCAAAUCAGCUAAGGAGCCAAGUGCGGUUCUCAGCAGUAAUGGGGCAGAUUUCUCCCCACAGACUGUAGACCACCUCCCCUCCACAUCCUGUGCUGCUGCCCCCACGACUGAAGACCUGCCAAGAGACCCUGAGUCAAGCAGCUCCAUCCGCGGUCUCCUAGGAGAGGUGAAAAGCGCAAUUCUUCGGCUCCAUGAGGACCUGCGCCUGGUGAUCUGGGAGCUUGGUGUCAUUAACAGCCACCUGGGGAACCUGAGUGGCCACAGUCCGCAAGCCAGCAAGUCUUUGCAGAACCCCUAGUCUUCUGAGGGGAGCCCAGAACCAAUCUAAAUCACCUCACUGGCCGUUUUCACAGAACUCAAGUGGUCACACUGCCUCAGAACUGGGGAAGUGAACAUUUUACAGGUUCCUGUUGUUUCUUGGGGGGGUGAUGGGGUGAUGGUUUUAUUUGUUUUUUUCCCUGUAAAGUUUACUAACAAGCACCUGUCAAAUGAACAGAUUCGUUUGGCUGGUAUAUUUUUUCAAUCAAAGGAAGUCACCUUUGAUAA